GCUGCUGAGGGCUGACUGUAAGAUGGCGCUCUCUGAGAUUUAGAAGGAAAGAAAACACAAUAAAAAGGCCGGUGGGCGGAGAGCGGAGCCGGCGGAGGUCGGGUACGAGCGGGAUCGGCACCGCGCAUCCACCGCCGCGGGCUGAGGGAAGAGUGAGAGGAAUGCUCCAAAAAGGCAAUGACCAGAGUUGUGUGUCAGGAAUCCAGGGAAACUGUAACCAUGAAUAACUCAUUGGAUAACACUAUGUCAUUUGAGGAAUACAUUCGAUUGAAAGCACGUACUAUCCCCCAGCACCGAAUGAAAGAAUUUCUGGAGUCACUAGCUGCAAAAGGACCUGAAGCCUUACAAGAAUUCCAGCAGGCCACCAUGACUGUUUACCAACAAGGCGGAAACUGCAUCUACACAGACAGCACUGAGGUAGCUGGCUCCCUGCUUGAACUUGCAUGUCCUGUAACAUCAACUGUACAACAGCAGGAGCACCAGAUCCAGCAACAGGCACAGCAAAUCCAGGUUCAGGUUCAGGUGCAGCAAUCGCCACAGCACGUCUCCACUCAGCAGCUGUCUCCCCAGCUCCAUCCAUCACCUGAUCAGAUUCAGGUACAGGUGCAGUCACAGCCAGUUACUGCCCAGCAGCAACAGUCUUCACAGCAGAUUCAGGCCAUGCAUAGUCCUACCACAGCUCAGCAGCUUCAGGCCACUCAGAUCUCUGUGCAACACAUUCAGCCUUCCCAGCAAAUGCAAACGUCAGAAAUCUCUGAUGAACACAUUCAGCAGCAACAGAUCCAAGCUCAGCUUGUCUCUGGCCAAACUCAGCAGAUUCAGAUUCAAACAGUGAGCACCCUCUCUCCCACUCAACAACAAGGGUCUCCCCGUGAAGGGGAACGGAGGUCCAGUACUUCAAAUGUACUCCAACCAGUCAAGAAACGCAAGGUUGACAUGCCAAUCACUGUUUCAUACACAAUUACUGGGCAGCCUGUAGCCACAGUGCUGGCUAUUCCACAAGGGCAGCAACAAGGCUAUGUGUCUCUAAGACCUGACCUUUUGACAGUGGACAGUGCUCACCUCUAUACAACAGCAGCUGGUACAAUCACCAGCCCUAGUGGGGAGACGUGGGCCAUCCCUGUGUAUUCCACACAACCUCGUACUGAUAUGCAACAACAGACUGCCACACAUGUAACCAUCCCUCAGGAGGCCUACAACGUUGUGCAAGUAGGUUCACCUACUGCUGUAGCAGCUGUGAAGUUGGAGGACGAUAAGGAUAAAUUGGUGACCUCUGGAUCUGUGAUGAAGAAUUCUCACGAAGAGGUGGUUCAUACGCUGGCCAAUACCAUCUUUCCAGCACAGUUCAUGAACGGCAACAUCCAUAUUCCAGUGGCAGUACAAGCAGUGGGAGGACCGUACCAGACACAAACGCAAUCAGUGCAGCUCUGGGAUCCCCAGCAGCAGCAUCAGCCACAACAGCUACAGGCUCAAUCAGUGCAGGUUGCUGAGGUGGAAUCUCAACCACCUCCGCCUCCAGAAGUGCUUUUGCCAAACACCUUGAAACCAGAGGAAGGCCUUGGUGUCUGGAAAAGUUGGGCAGAGACCAAGAAUGCAGAGUUUGAGAAGGACUCUGAGAACAGGCCAGCUCCAAUUGGUAGGCGUCAGCCAUUGCGCUUCCAGGAAGAUCUUCUAUCAUCAGCAGUGGCAGAACUAAAUUACGGUCUGUGUCUCAUGCUAAAAGAAGCUCGCAAUGCAGAGGGUGAGGCAUACAACCCGGACAUGGUGUAUUAUAUAUGUCUCUGCAUACAAAAGUACCUAUUUGAAAAUGGCAGGGUAGAUGAUAUAUUUUCAGAUAUCUACUAUACAAAGUUCACUGAGAAAUUACAAGAGGUGUUGAAGGAUUGGCAACCUCAGAUCAGCUCUUUGGGUUACCUGAUCCCCAGCCACAUCACAGAGGAGAUGCUGUGGGAAUGCAAGCAGCUUGGUGCUCAUUCACCUUCCACCCUCCUUACAACUCUUAUGUUCUUCAACACCAAGUACUUCCUAUUGAAGAGUGUAGAACAACACAUGAAACUAGCAUUCUCAAAAGUAGUUCGACAGACAAAGAAAAGCCCUGUGAAUCCCAAGGAUAAAAGCACAAGUAUUCGCUAUUUGAAGGCAUUGGGCCUGCAUCAAACAGGGCAGAAAGUUACCGAUGAUAUGUAUGCGGAGCAGUCUGAGAACCCAGAGAAUCCGCUGCGGUGUCCCAUCAAACUCUAUGACUUCUACCUCUUUAAAUGUCCCCAGAGUGUGAAGGGCAGGAACGACACCUUUUACCUGACACCUGAGCCUGUGGUGGCACCAAACAGCCCAAUCUGGUACUCCACUCAGCCAAUCAGCAAAGAGCACAUGGAACAAAUGUUGACUCGGAUUCUGACAGUGCGAGAGAUCCAGGAAGCUUUUGCCAUAGCUGCUGCGAACCUUCACUAAAGCCUGGCUCGAAACAGAGGGGAAAGGAAUGCACCUUGUGCACUACGAGCAACCCAGAGAUCGCUCAGCCACAUAUCAGUGCAGCUUCAACAAAGUCUUCGGAGGUUUCAGAAAAGUGUCAUCAGAUGUAUAUCUGUGGAUAAUAUAGUAUAAUCGGGUUUCGCUACCAGAUACGAGGAGUCUGGCAACUAUUCUCAAGUGGGCGAUUUGAUUUUUAUUUUGUUUUGAACCUGUAGCAGCGUUUUUUUUUGUUUUGGAGGCAGAAAGGCCUGUUGACAUUUGGAAACCCCUGUCAUGAACUCCAACACACGGACUGCUGAAACCCUCAGGGUGAACUCAUCAUGUAAUUGGUGUGAGACAGACCUGUAGUAAUCUUUAUGCCAAUUGCUGGCUUAAACUGGGCCUCCACUGAAGAGAAUUUAACAUGAAAGGGAGAAUGAAAAGCUGAUGAAGGUUUAUAAAAUUAAAAAGUUUUUCAAUACUUAAAAAAAAAUGAUGUUUUUAGACAGUGACUAGAACUGAAGACUUUUCACACACCUGGCCUUGUGCAGAGGCCUCUACUCCAGGCAAAGUGCACAGAGAAAUUAUUGUAAUAUACUCGUGUACCAUUAUAAAGAGACCUUUCUGUUUCUCUGUAUUUCUGUUCUAAUAGUCUGUACAAAACAGCAAGCAACUCUUUCAGCCUAGGAUUAUGCAAAGAGAUGUCAUUGUGACAAAAUGAAGUAAACACCCUGGGGAAUAGGGAGGGACCACCUUGCACUUGCUCAUUUCCUGUGUACAGCGCUCAUCACUUUGAAAGGCUGGUGGUGUGCCGUUUGGUAUACGUAUGUUAAUCGUUAAAAUUCUUAGUGAAAUGAAGUUACCAAUCAGGUCGAAUCAUUUCAAUUACUUUCUGAUCAUCAAUUUCAGUCUGCUGGUUGCUUCUCCUCAUUACUGCCAUGGUUAGGCUAAGGCAUUAUUGAUAUGAGGAUGUUGUAACAUUAUGACUUAGUAAUUUGGCAUUAAUCCUAGUACUGUAUUUAUUGUGAUAUUUAAAUAUCACAGUUGUGGUGUAAAGAUACAGUAACUUUAUUUUGGAAAAAAAAUUGAUUUUAUACUUUUUUUGCUAGAAAGAUGAUUUGUUAUUACUAUAAUGCAAUAUUUGGCAUGUCACAUGGUCCAAAAUUUGCAGUGUUUCCCAAUUCUAUGCAGGGUUAUAGAAGUUGAAUUACAAUCUACACCUGCCUGUACUGUGAAGCUGAUAUUGAUGAACAUAACCCAUAAUGUAGGAGACAAACUGUCAUAAUGUUCUCUAGUGGUUUUGGAUUAACACUAGGCUUAGCUGAUCUAGUUUUAGGCAUUGAGUAUUUUGGAAAUGCAGAAUGUUCUAUGAUCCAUGUUUUGGUUUGUGUUCAGAAAAACAGACUUUAGACUGAAUGCUUUGGUACAGAGCUGAAAUUUGUUUCUCUUAGUUGCGUUUUGUUCUUUGUAUGACUGCAUGCUCAGAUUCUAGCAGAAGGUGAGUUUUGUUAGUCAAAUAAGGGGGCAAUUUGUUGAACUUUUUAAGAUUUCACCCUAAAGUUUGGUCAUCCAUAGUUAAUUGUCCAGUAGCGCCUCCUGUUGAUUAGUUUGGGUAUGUGUAUCAGAUUGGGUGCUCUGAGAGAGGUUGAGGUGCCCCUGCUGAUUCAUCCUCAAUCUGGCAAUCUGAGUGCCUUCUGACCCUUAGUAUCUAUAUUAUUAAAGUGAUGGAUGGUGUGACAAUCAGGGAGUCGAGAUCUACAAGCCUAGUGUACUUGCUACCGGGAGAUGUGAGCAUAGCCCCAGUAGAGCACGGACGUGUGACUAGCAACCCUGCUUGGAUCUGUGGAACUCAUUUCCAAUGUACUGUUACAGCUGUUUCUUUCACCUGCCUCCCCUCCCCAUUCCCCAAUGACUAAAUUGAUGCUGUUAAUUCACAGCAAUGUAAUUUUCAUUCACAUUUUGUGAAAGUGAGUCUUUAAAUCAAAUAUAAGAAUUUUUUUAGAAAAUGGUGCUUUUGGUUUUAAAAAGAAUUAUGGUUUUGCAUAUUGGAUUCUGGAGGAUGACAGAAAACCUGUUGAAACUAUUUUUAAAUGGAGGUUUCUUUUGGUAAAGGAGCUGCUCUGUAACAACACAUUCCCUGAGCGAUCAGCCCUGACUGGGAACAAAGCAUGGCUGCUUAUAUCUGACUCUUCUGUAUAAAUGUUUGCAUUGCAGGUAAUUUUUAUUCUGGAUUUAUUCAGCUUUGUAUGGAAAGUCUGGCACCAUUGAGAUUGUGAUGUGUGCGAUAUUAAAAGGGUUGCGUUAAAGUUAGUAACAUCAGUUGUAAUGAAAGUGGACUUGGAAACGAAGAAAUGAGACAAUCAGUUCCAUUGUCGCAGUUAUUCUGAUUGUUAUAUGCCAGUAUCUAUUAGCAACUUGAUCAAUUUACUCAGUACACCACCUGCUUAUACUUAAUAGUAUCAAAGCCCAGUAACUGAAAUGCAAAUAUCCACUGUACAUUUCCAUUUAGUUCAGUGGGAGGACUGCAACUGACUGACUUUGUUCACUUGCUAGCAUAGCUCCAGACACACACAUUCAGCCCGUAUGUAAUCUUAUAUUUUGGCUUGUUUAAAAUCUUGUCUACUUAAAAGAAUCGUGAUCCUAAGGAACUUUGACUAUCUAAAGUAGCUUUUUUUUUUCAGUUUUAGUUAUUCAUAUUGUAUUCAGUGAGAAAGUACAGUAGGGUCUUGAGGCUUUCAGCAUUUUUAACUCUAUUGCACCCCAGUUUCGAUCUAUUGAUCUGUGAUGAAGUGAGCUGAGCCCGCUGCUCCUAGAGCAGCUUUCAAAGCACAAAUUAAAGUUACAUUAUAUUUA